AUGGCUCUUGAACCAUCUAGAGACAAGUCAAGCAUGGCUGAGUUGAAGAGUAACACGCUACUAAAUAAUGUCACAGUUUCAACUUCCAAGGCAGAGCACAAAUCUAAACUCAUAUCGACCCUAACGACAUCUAUCGAAUCUCCACAAUCAACAGCCAAAUCAACUGCAGCCAGAUCUCUUGAAGAGAGGCAGAAAAGGCGGAAACAUAAAAACUCUAAGCUAGGGUGUCCAAACUGUAAACAACGACGCGUUAAAUGUUCAGAAGAUCUACCGUCUUGUGCCAACUGUAUUAAACAUAAAGUAGAAUGUGGGUACUUGAAGUAUACAAAGGAGGAGUUAGGAGAAUUGGAACAAGCAAAACUUGAGCGUCAGCAGCCCCUUUUGGAAAUGCAAAAGUCAGAUUCAAGGUCAGAAACAGACGGAACAGAUCAGCAUUUAGAAAUUGACUCAAAUAACGGAUCGCAAAUGGGAGAUGACAGUGAAAAUCGACGAGAGAUUAAAAAGAAACCAGCUCUCAACAACUCGAGCAAAAUACUGAAGCCAAGGUCAAAACGCAAAACAUCAACAGCUCGACCGCGGGUGCCGCGAAAUUUUGAGCAACAACCCGACAGCCAUUCAAUGGCUACAAGCGUAUCUAAUACCACCCUGACAACAACAAGCAAUGGAAACCUCUUUGAUUUGGACGAGAGUAUACACUUGCUGUCCCAUAGUCCAACAGCAAUCCAAAACUUCGAUAGUUUGCUACCACAGGGCUCAAGCCCGGAGAGUUCAAUAAUUUACCCCAUUUACAAAAUGCGUCAAGGCGUUACAGAACAACUGGGAUGUAAUCAUAUUAGCCUGUCUGAAACUACAGCAAGUAGUCAGCCGAAAUUUCCCGACACUUUACCCCCGAAUGCGUUGCCUGGAGCAAUUCACAAGCCCACUCUGUUUUCAAUCAACCAUAUUAAAAGGAAUAUCAACUAUACGAAAGAGACUGAUGAAUUGUUUAAGGAAAAAAAUCCGGCUAUUCUUAAAGGCAGUGUGAGACUUGAUGUGAUAAAACAAGUUUAUUGGAUGUGGUUAAAAUCAUUUGUGUAUCGAGGGACUUCUCAACCUUUAACAUUCUACUGCUUACUAAAUGUCUGUGCUAAUUACCUAACCUCCAAUUGUUUUAAUGAUUCAUACAAGCUUUACAGUCUUGGAAGGGCGGGUUCAACAGCACAACGAGGAGUGGAAUUAGCUCACAUGCGUCAAACGUGUUUUGUAAAGUCGAUACAUUACUAUGACCAAGUGGUCAAACGAUUGCGAGUGGCAUUGGCUGAAUGUGGUCAUGAUCCUGACGCUUCUUGUACAGCGUCCUAUAUGUUAAGUCUCUUGUCGCUAUACGAUCUAGAAUGUUCGUUAAGCUCAACCACGUGUUAUCGAGAAGGACUAUUUGACAUGUUGGAGCAUUACAGUAGCAAAAGCGUACCCAUUAAGAGACCGUUGGUUGUGCAAAUUGAAUUGAAGUUGAUGACAAACAUUAUGAUGACGGGUAAUUUACCAGCUUACGAUCCUACGUUCAUGAAUGAAGUUCGUCAGAUGCUAAAUGCGUUUGGUGAGAUUUUACUCCCGUUAUGCAAAGCUUGCACAGCAUCACACGAGCUAAAUCAUCCACAAGUUCAGGCCUGUCACUUUAUUCGAUUAAAAUACCGUCAGCUUUUGCAAUUUAUGGAUGAAACUAUUGAUAUUUAUAUUCCCCGAAUUAACAACAAUAUGGCCAAUCUAGAAGCACAACAAGACUUGCUAUACCAGGUGUUAACCAAAUGGGUGAUUAUGUUCCCCAGUCAACUUGUAUUUCCUACCCCAAAUCAGGGCCCAUUUGAGAAGAUCAUGUAUUUAUUUUUCAAGCUUGUUAAAAACGUCCUAUUCGCCAUUUUCCCACACGUCAAAUUCUUCUUUCUACGCAAUUUUGAUGGUCCCAUAUUGCUGGAUAUAUAUUCCAGUGAUGAUUACGCCAUUUAUCAAGAAAUUUCGCAGCCUCGGGUAUUAAGAGUUGAGCCACUGCUUUAUGAGCCGCACGUGAACCAGUUGAAGCACAUUGCGGCAUACUUGAUUCGUGUGUCGACAUAUAUUGAAAAGAGAUUUCACCAAUUGUACCCUGUGCUAAUGCGAUUUAUUGGUAUGUAUGAUUUUCUGGGGAGUCAUAUCAACACAUGGCGUAAAAGUGUUGAUAACAUUGCGUCAUUGAGAAAAGAUUUCUGCGACAGGAUGCAAGUAACGGAGAUUAACAUGGUAUCGUUUACUAAAGGAUAUUUAAAAAAGUGUAAUUAUCCUGGGCCCAAAGCCGCAGAUGACUAUAGUGGUGUUCCUGAUGAUACGGUCGUUGAUUUCACUACGUUGCUUCCGCUGGGACUUUUAGCUGGUGACUACGAUCCUGAUACAGAAGAAUGCUAA